CAGCAGCGCGUUCCAGGUGCAAGUAGUGUCCGCUUCUCAGCAGUUUGCAUAUCUGCAGACCAUUAGGGUGGCUCGAAUACGUUAUUGAGUACCAAGCAAACCAGUAUGGCGCGGAGAGCAUGCGGACAAAGACCAUGGCAGAAGCAGUCUUCAUAUUCCUUGCUGAUCGUGUUUAUCCUCCAAGCAAGUGGACAAUCAAGACAUGUCCAAUCUACAAAAGGUACUGCAAGGAAUCGUGAAGUUUAGGAAAACUGGCAAAGCCGACCUGGUGAAACAAUUUGUGAAUAUACGAGAUACCCAUGCGCACCCGGGUGCAGUCUUCUUCUCAUGCAUGGAUGCACGAAUGUUUCCAGCAAGGAUCACAUCGACGCAAGUUGGAGACAUGUAUGUUGUUCGUAAUCCGGGCAGUAUGAUCCCUAGGGCGGAAAAUUCAGGAUCUUGCGGAUGUGAAACUUCUCUGACGACCGAAGCUGCGGGACUGGAGUUAACGGUGAAAAGAGGUGGUAUCAAACAUGUAAUCAUAUGUGGCCAUUCCAACUGCAAAGCCAUGAAUACCCUCUACAAUCUCCAUAAAAAUCCAAAGAAGUUUGACGCAAAUUCCCCGUUGGAUCUCUGGAUUCGUGAGCAUGGCUUCUUAUCGUUGAAAAAACUUGAGGAACGUUUGGCUAGCAAGACCGUGCAGCCACUGAAGUAUUCAACACCUGAUGGAGCUUUCAGUUUCGAGGCAAUAAUUGAUGAAGAGAACAAAUACGAUGUGGAGGAUAAACUAUCACAGAUAAACACCUUGCAGCAGAUGGAGAACUGUGCUAGUCAUGGAUUUUUGGCGGAUAUUCUCGCAAAGAAGGGAGCGGAUCUACAUGCGAUGUGGUUUGACAUUUUUGCUGGUGAAACAUAUCUAUUCAGUAAACCGCGUCGAAAGUUUGUCUUGAUCGAUGAGAAGACGGUAGAUAGUUUGCAAGAAGAAGUUAAGCAGCACAAGGCUUGAAUUCCUUGCAGUACUUUUUUUACUGAUCCUAAAAUUAUAACAAAUUGAGCUUUGUUAAACAUCCUUAGUACUCAUUGUUUUGAAAAUGUUGAGGCAUAUUUGGAUGACUGGUUUCUUGUUUGAGACUGAUUGAGAGAUUUGUCUGAGCUGACUGCCCAGAUGGCUGCUCAUAUGAUUCAUUUGUGAACUAGGAAUUCAGCUCCGACGUCUCGCCCAGUACCGUACCCUUCCCGAGAAACCGUCCCCCAGUACGGUACUGGGCGAGAGUUUAGAAAUUAAUUUCUUUUCCACGAAUGAACCUUAUGAGCUGUUUUUUGGGCAAUGGCUAGUCAGCUUCUCAAUCAGUAUCCAAAUAGAAAGUGCAUAGAAAUCAUGCCUUUAACACUUGUAGAUUAUUUAUCGCACUGGUUAAAUUUAGCACUGUAUUAUAGUUUAUUUAACGAUGAGAUUCCUUAACUUCAAAUUUUAAUGUUAUUUAUUCCUAAUUGUAGCACAUUCGUAAUUAUGUGGCUAUGCAUUUUAUUGCCCGAGUGACGCAGUUAUUGUUUAUUAGAUUAGAUUCGGACUCGUGCAUCCUUUCUGCUUUUUUAGAGAGCAAUAUUCUUUUUCUACUUGUAGAAUACUUCUAAUAGUCACUUUAUUGCUCAUUAACUGGAUUCGAGGUCACGUGCUCAUUUUUGCCCUUUUAGAUAAGAUUUAUCACUUUGUGCCACUACUCUGAAACACAGCACUAGUCCUUUUUUGUGCCUUGAAACCUGUGCCUUGUUCACCAUCAGCUGCCAUUUUCACAUUGUCAUAAUAAGGGUUUGUAGAUUUUUCACUGUGUCAUUGUCAGGCUAAUAAAAAU